AUGAAACUUUUGUGUUGCACCGGCCCUCUUUUGGCGACAUCACUUUAUUGUCGUCUAGCAGUUGCAGCCAACACAACAGACAAUCUUCCCACGCUGCAACUAAGCACAGACACUACUUUCAACUUUCAAUUUCUCAUUGCCCUUGGCGAUGCUCCCACGGGGGGUUCGGACAUCGGACCUGUCCUGGGGGCUGCUAAGAACAUCAAAGCUGGAGACAUGUCCUCUUACAGCGAGCAGUUCUACAAACUCGCCAAUCAAACUAAGAGACAAGCAGAGGACCCGGAAAAUGCCUAUGGCCCAGCCAAUGUCAGAGACACCUGGUUCUCUGCCUCCCAGUACUUCCGUCGAGCAGAUUUCUACCUCCACGGAAACUGGAGCAACCCGUUAAUCAAUACCCUUUGGGCAGAGCAGACUGCGGCGUUUAAUAAGGCGUUGGCUGCUUUGCCCGUCCCUGGCAAGCGUAUCCGCAUCCCCGCUAAGAAGGGUAAUUUCACCAUUGAAGCUAUCUGGUAUGGCGUACCCGGGGGAGAAAACCGCAAACUGCCAACCUUAGUUAUCGGAAAUGGAUUCGAUGCUGCACAGGAGGACUCAUAUCAUUACUUCGUCGCUCAUGCACUAGUAAGAGGCUGGAACUGCAUCACCUAUGAAGGCCCAGGUCAUCCGACUGUACGCCGAGAGCAGAACAUUGGCUUCAUUCCGAACUGGGAGAACGUUGUGACCCCCGUGGUAGACUACGUCCUUUCCGAAAAGUCAAACGUCAUCGAUGAGAGCCGUCUUGUUCUUGUUGGCAACUCCUUCGGCGGUUAUCUGGCUGCCCGUGCAGCAGCCUUUGAGCCUCGUUUAGCAGCAGUGGUCUUGAUUGACGGAGUUUGGGAUUUCUAUGCUGGAGUCAUAGGGCAAUUGACAUCUGAGAUCGUGGCCUCAUAUGAGGCGGGCAACUAUACAGAAUUUGACAACAAGAUUCUUUCACUGCGAGAGGCUGGGAAGCUCAGUACAGCUGCUGCCUGGGGUUUAGAUCAAGGCUUGUGGUCAUUUUAUACGCAUUCCCCUUCUGACUUUUUCAAUCAGAGCAAGCAAUAUCGAUUGGAGGAUGUUGUUGACAAGAUCAAGAUGCCAGUAUUUAUAGGGGAUGCUGAGUAUGAGAACUUUUUACCGGGCCAGCCGAAGCAAGUCAAGGAUGCACUAGGGGACCGAGCUACUCUGCAUGCCUUCCUAGGGGUUGCUGGCUAUCACUGCCAGACUGGUGCCACGCAAGAGAUGGCACGGGCUAUCUUUGCCUGGUUAAACAAGUCUCUCGGUAAAGCAUAA